AUGACUUCUGUGCAGAACCCCAUGGCCUCGACAUGGCGAGGCACCGAUCGAAAAACCUGGAGCUGGCAACACUUCAUACUCGAGCGCGCGGAUAAUUGGCACAAUGACAACAAAGAGUUUCCCGUCUUCAAAAAGACGGACAAGUUGCGAUGGUUCAGCCAGCUCUCGGUGAAUCGCUGGAUCCUCACACACGCCGCAUGGCCAGUUGCUAUCCAUGCUGCCUGGAAUUAUUACUUGGCGUCAGAGUAUGGCCGUAUGCCUCACAUAUUUGUGUUUGAGUAUGCUUUCAAACAUCUCGCAUUGCAUAACCUGCCGGUGACUGACGUACUUGACAGAUGCGGCUUUCUUGAUGGCGAUAAGCAAUCGCGCGACAAGGUUCCGGAUGUCGGCAUCAACAAGGUCUUCGCAAGUAUCUACUCGAUCGUGGCUGUCCGUUCGGCGCUCACUGUUAGUCUAUCAUAUCGCAAGAACGACCCGAUAGCGCUCAGUCCGUGGAUCUUGGCUGAAAUUUUCCUAUACCCCAUAAUCGUCGACUUCUUCUUUUACAUCUAUCACCGCGCUACCCACGAAAUCGACGGACUGUGGAAGUAUCACCGCACACACCACUUGACCAAGCAUCCCAACCCUCUACUCUCAUCAUACGCCGAUGUCGAACAAGAGGUAAUUGAGAUGGCUGUCGUCCCGUUCUUGACCUUCCUCACCAUGAAGGCCUUUGGCUUUCCUAUGGGCUUCUUCGACUGGUGGCUCUGCCAGAGCUACGUUCUGUGCGCUGAGGCGUUCGGUCACAGCGGGAUCAGAGCAAUGAUGACAGCCCCUGGACCCGCCGGAAGCUUUCUGAAGGUGCUCGGGUGCGAGUUGGUGCUUGAGGACCACGAUCUACACCAUCGCCAGGGCUGGAGGACGUCGGGCAACUAUGGCAAGGCAACUCGUCUGUGGGACAGGAUCUUCGGCACUUGCCUGGGUCGUAUUGAAGCCAAGUGGGACAAUGUCGAUUACGAUAAUAAGUUGAAGAUGUCGUGGUUUUGA